AUGUCAACCUUAGCUGAGGUGCCAAGCCGAAUCCUGUCCGGCCCUCUUGCGACUCUGGCUUCUUCCCAGAAUUGUGAUUCAUACGAGCUCACUGACUUCAACGCUACUGGCGGCAACCGCGGGACGAACGCAUCCGAAUUCGAAUCCACUUCCGCGCAAAGAUUCGGAGGCACCGUUCGGCCGUUCAAGCCCGCUGCCAGUUCAGUAGCUCUUGCGGGACUUGAUUGGGUUGCGAUCUGGAAGGACGAGAAGGUUUCCUUUGCAAGUCAUCGCCCUCGGGCCCCUCGCAACACACGACUCAAAUACUGGACUGAGGCGCUUCGGAGUCGAACUCGACGGUUAGCAGAGGAGUGCGUCAGCGAAACCGAGAAGGUUGCCAAGAUGAAGUUUUCGCACAGCAUUCAGUUCAACGCUGUGCCAGAUUGGAGCUCCAAUUAUAUUGCCUACAGCAAUUUGAAGAAAUUAAUUUAUACCCUCGAGAAACAGGCCAACCAUGUUGAUGGACAGUCAGGCGCGGACGUGGAGUCUGCUCCGCUCCUGGGAGGCGCCCAGGUGAACAACCCAGACGCGGUCUUCAAGCGUGCGCUGGACACGGAGUUGGACAAAGUAUGCACUUUUUAUCAGCAAAAGCAGGCUGAGAUCUUCCAAACGACGGACGAGUUGCUUCAUGAGGCCAUGGGGUAUCUAUCAGAGACUGCUGGGGUCAACAUGGACCCGGUCAGCGAGACUGUUAUCAAAGCGCGAACACUGAGCUCGAACUCGCGCUAUGGCAACACUCAGCGCCGCCGGUCCAGCGUCAGUGAAGACGAUGCAGACAGUGACGACGAAAAUCCCGCCACUGCAGUCAUGGGCCUCGCUCGACAGGCGUCUAUUGAUGGGGGAUCCACAAAUGAUGAUCACCGCCACGGCGACAUGUCGGACUCCAAUUUCUUUGCCCAAUCGGGCAGCCGCUUGCUUCGAGACCCGGACAUGAAUGAUCAGGCUUUUUUGGCCCUGUAUAAUGCAGGCGUCUCUCUCAAAAAGCGUCUGAUAGAAUCAUACGUCUCCCUCUGUGAGUUGAGAUCGUUCAUCGAGCUGAAUAGAACCGGUUUCUCGAAAGCGCUGAAAAAGUACGACAAAACCUUAUUUCGCAAUACUCGUCGAGACUAUCUGGCCUCUGUAGUACACCCGGCUCAACCAUUCACCGACUCUACGAUGGCUGCGGUCGACAACUAUAUUCAGAAAGUUGAGGGCGCGUACGCGGACGUUGUCACAAAAGGAAAUCGUGAGCUAGCCAGCCGCGAGCUGCGACUACAUCUCCGUGAGCAUGUAGUAUGGGAGCGGAACACUGUCUGGCGUGAAAUGAUCGAGAUUGAACGUCGUGCUCAAGCGGCCAACGUCGGUAUUCGUCGUACCCUGCUAGGAGCCGAUGAAGACCCGGCCACCGCUAUUCGCCAAGGCGACAAAACUGAGAUUCGCACCACAGAAUUCAAAACUCCCUUUGGCCGCAUAGAAUUUCCCUUGUGGUUGUGUAGCUUGAGCUUUGGUGCCCUCGUCUUUAGCUUGGCAGUGUUUGGAGCCUUGCUUUCUGUUCCAAUCAUGAAGUCAGUUGAACAACAGAAUUGCUUGGCAAUGCUUGUCCUGGUCAGCAUCUUGUGGGCAACUGAAGCCAUUCCCCUGUUCGUCACCUCACUGUUGAUUCCCUUCUUGGUGGUCAUUCUAGGUAUUAUGCGGUCGGAUGGCAAACCGUACAAGCGAUUGCCUCCGAAAGAGGCAACGAAGAUGGUUUUCGCAUCCAUGUGGACUCCGGUGAUCAUGCUACUCUUGGGAGGCUUUACUAUCGCUGCGGCUCUUUCAAAAUACGAUAUCGCACGACGCAUGGCGAUGUUUGUCCUGAGCAAAGCUGGAUCCAAGCCCAAGAUUGUUCUGCUGACCAACAUGUUUGUGAGCAUGUUCCUCAGCAUGUGGAUCAGCAAUGUUGCGUCUCCCGUGCUUUGCUACUCGAUCAUUCAACCAUUGUUGCGCAACCUUUCGCCAGAUUCAGACUUUGCCAAGGCGCUGGUGCUCGGUAUUGCAUUGGCUGCCAACGUUGGUGGUGCCGCAUCUCCUAUCGCAUCGCCGCAGAACAUUAUCGCUUUGCAAAAUAUGUAUCCUAGCAUCAGUUGGGGAACGUGGUUCUUCAUCUCCCUGCCUGUGUGCAUCAUUUCCAUUUUGUUGAUCUGGGUGCUCCUGUUGGUGACUUUCAACCCUGGCCGCAAUGCCACUGUGAUCCCCAUGCGCCCUGUGAAGGAUCGCUUCACCGGGGUCCAGUAUUUCAUCAGCGCGGUAACUCUAGUGACGAUCGCGCUCUGGUGUGCCAGCCACCAGUUGGAGCAUGUCUUUGGCGAUAUGGGAGUGAUCGCCAUUAUCCCUUUGGUCUUAUUCUUCGGGACAGGUAUUCUCAACAAGGAGGACUUUAACAACUUCCUGUGGACUAUCAUCAUCCUGGCCGCUGGUGGUCUCUGCCUCGGCAAGGCGGUCACCUCUUCCGGUCUGCUGCACACCAUCGCAUCCGGGAUCACGGCGCGCGUAGAGCACCUCAGUCUCUAUGGUGUGCUCAUCGUCUUCUCGGUACUGAUUCUCGUCAUUGCUACAUUCAUCUCGCAUACCGUCGCUGCUUUGAUCAUUUUGCCUCUUGUUCGCCAGAUCGGCGUGGGUAUGGAGGAGCCUCAUCCCAACCUGCUUGUUAUGGCUAGCGCUCUCAUGUGUUCCGUUGCGAUGGCCUUGCCCACAAGUGGCUUCCCUAAUAUGACUGCCAUCAUGACCGAGGUUCCACAGACUGGCCAGCGCUACCUUCAGGUCCGCCAUUUCCUCACUCGAGGCAUUCCAGCAAGUCUGAUGUCCUUUGUGGUGAUUGUGACUGUUGGUUAUGGACUUAUGCUUGUCGCGGGACUCUAG